CAGAAUAUAUGAUUUUAUUCCCAUCCAGAUUUUUCUAGUGUAUUCUUUGAGUUUCAGAAUUUUAAACAAUUAAUUAUAAACCAUUAAUUUCAAAUGCAAAAUGAGUUUUGAUGAGUUAUGAUUUUAAGCUCCAAGAACAUUUUCUGUCUCUGGAGUUUUAUAAAAAAAAAAAAAAAAGCAGAAACGACUCAUUUAAUUGUAAGGAUUACAGACUGGUUUACUUAAUUCAAGAUUGUUUUAUUUUUAUUUUAGUAGAUGUAAUUACAAACCUAAUUUGGUGUGGUUGGGCAGUCCACUCUGUUCAUGAGGUUUUCAGAAUAGCCUGGAUAAGACUGACAGUUUUAAUGAGUCGCUGAUGAUUUUUUUUCUCAUCUGCCUUCCUUUACGCAGAGCUGCUGCUGCGUGUUUACUGCCUGUAUGAAGGCGCUGGAGGCGGAUUGUUGCUGCGCCUCUGAGCCAGCAGGGAAAUGUGGAAAACGGAGAGUGAAAGCGAUCACCCUGAGACCGUGGCGACGCGUCUGCUUACAGUGCGUAAAGGCGGACAGGUGCAGCGCAAUUUUAGGCGUCGUCUUCGCUGCGUAACAGCGCGAUCUUUGCGUUUAAAAAGCUGUAAAAAAAAAAAAAAUCCACCGGGAGCGCGGGGCUGAGGCUGGGGGAGGGACCGCUUCUCCAUCUAGAAACGUCUCGGUCUCACGUUACCGCGCCAUGGUGAGGCGGCGAUCGAGGUCACCGCACAACCGACUGCGACACACGAUCCUCCCCACUCAAAUGAAUGUGAGAAAACGGCGCUCAGAGGCCCAGUGCGCUCGUGCACCGACCACUGGCUCUGYUUAAAAAGCCACGGCCGACGGGUGCGCCCCCGCUGGAGCAGCAUCCACUGUGGCACCAGGUGCCGUGAGUGACGGCGGCAUCUGCGGACCUUGGACCGGAGGAGGAAUCCCCCCUCGUGGGACCCCGGAGCGGUCCUGAAGCGCCUGAUCCGGAGGCAACGUGAGGCGCGCGCAUUCCUCCAGAAGAACGGAUCGCUUCCAGACUCUCUCAGCUGUGACACCGGCGAGGGCCGAGUGGAGGGGUAACGUCCAAGUCCGAACCGGACUCAGCUUCUUCUGGGAGAGGACGUAGCAUGGGAGCGCGAUGUUGUCCCGGAAAGGACUCAUCCCCGAGGAUUACCUGCUGACGCGUUUGGCCGAGGACGUCCUGCAGCCCAAGUUUAAGACGAAACAGGGCAAGGCUCGGUUCGUCCGAAAGAACGGCGCCUGCAACGUCGCGCACACCAACAUCCGGGAGCAGGGCCGGUUCCUGCAGGACGUGUUCACCACGCUGGUGGAUCUGAAAUGGAUCCACACGCUCAUCAUCUUCACCAUGUCGUUUCUGUGCAGCUGGCUGCUCUUCGGGAUGAUCUGGUGGCUCGUGGCCUUCGCGCACGGAGACCUGGACCAGAAGGGAGACGAGUUCGUCCCGUGCGUCACGGACAUCCACUCCUUCUCCUCCGCCUUCCUCUUCUCCAUAGAGGUCCAGGUGACCAUCGGCUUCGGGGGUCGCAUGGUGACGGAGGAGUGCGUCUCGGCCAUCAUCAUCCUCAUCCUGCAGAACAUCGUGGGCCUGGUCAUCAACGCCAUCAUGCUCGGCUGCAUCUUCAUGAAGACRGCCCAGGCCAACAGGCGCGCGGAGACGCUCAUCUUCAGCAAGCACGCGGUGGUCUCCCUGCGCAACAACAUGCUGUGCUUCAUGAUCCGCAUCGGGGACCUGAGGAAGAGCAUGAUCAUCAGCGCCACCGUGCGGAUGCAGGUGGUCAGGAGAACCGCCACCGAGGAGGGGGAGGUGGUGCCGCUGGACCAGAUCGACAUCCACAUGGAUAACCCGGUGGGCACCAACGGGAUCUUCCUGGUGUCCCCCCUCAUCAUCUCGCACGUGAUCGACAAGAGCAGCCCCCUGUACGAGCUGUCGCCCUGCGACCUGCUGCAGCAGGACCUCGAGAUCGUCGUGGUGCUGGAGGGGGUGGUGGAGACCACCGGCAUCACCACGCAGGCCCGGACCUCCUACGUGUCGGAGGAGAUCCUGUGGGGGCAGCGCUUCGUGCCCACGGUCUCAGAGGAGGACGGGAUGUACGCGGUGGACUACUCCAAGUUCGGCAACACGGUGAAGGUCCCGACCCCUUGCUGCAGCGCCAAGGAGCUGGAGGCGGCAGGCGGGAUCGCGCGCUUUAAGAUGCACGAGGGCGCCACCUUCCGGUCGACUGUGAGGAGGCGCAAAACCAGGAAGAACCAGUGACCUGCUGCAGUCAGGCUUAAUAAAGAACUAAAUCUAUUUAAAAGCUGCUGGUCAUAAAGGAAACUAAUGGAACUGUGUCCAAACAUCAGCAUCCUUCAGCUCAGGGUCAGAGUAAUGAUGGUUAAACAUGAGCCCUGGUAUCCAGAGUGAAAUGUCUUAAUGUCUGAGUGACUGCAUGGAUUUUCAUUUAAUAAAGAACAUAUUUAAUUAMAACUGUAAAACUGGAGAGGGGGUUCAUAAGGUUUGGGCAAAAACAGGUGAAAUAUAUCAUUUGCAUUUUCUGCUGUUGGCAAUGCUGUGGGCAGAGUUAUAAAGUACUUUAUACAAUAUUUUAAUUGACUUUUGUCAACUGGUUUCUGUUAAACCGAGUAAAUUGCUUUACAUUUGGUUAACACUUAAUUUCUGAAUUCAUAUUUAUAGCUUAACGAGGCGUUGCAUUUUAACAUGGAGAUAAAUUUAUCAKUUUGUUUCGAAUGUAACAAAGUAAAAGUUCCAUUAAAAAUGCUUUGUAAAACUACAGAUCCUAAAAAAAAAGACGUUAAGGACUGUAAUGAAGUAAAUGUACUUUGUUAGUUUCUAUUUUGCUAGUUGUUUGUUUACACCUCUAGAAGUGGGGGCACUCAUGGUGCUACAGCACACCCCUGGUAGAUGCUAAAGGGGGUUCUCCAACUUUUUAAAAUAAUUUAUUAAAAAUAUAAUUUGACAUUUUAUCCCCUAAA